AUGAACUACCAAUCGCCCUACCAGAGCCCGUUGAACAGUGUGGCUUAUCAAUUCCAGAAUAUGGGGAUCCGCGGGUCUUCUGGGGUGGAUCCCUCACUUUUGGGGGCGCAAAGCUCUUCUUCACCAUUCGUGGCAGCUCAACAGUACCCUUCGUUGCACGCCGGUCAUGCUUCCUCGCUUAUUAAUGGUUGGGGAGACGAAUCAGGGCGUUCUUCGCCCUAUCCUUCACAGUUGGGCACUCCUUCAAUGAAUGGCAGUCAUACCAACCUUUUGGGUCCACAGAUGGGCGUUUCCAUAGGAAUGCCUCCGUUGGAGUCACAGUGGAGAUAUAUUGACACGCAAGGUGCGGUUCAAGGCCCAUUCGGGUCGUUGGCAAUGUCUCAGUGGUAUGCCUCGGGAUAUUUCCAGCAUACUUUGCAGAUUUGUAGAAUUGGGACCACUGUGGAGCCUUUUGGGAUUAAUGAUAAGUUCAUUACGCUUGGGGAUCUUAUUGCGAAAGUUAGUGAUUUCCAGGAUCCUUUUGGUGCUUUUGAUCGUUUGUUGGCAGCAGGAACUGUUGCAGCACCCAUUGAUUCGUCUCUGUUGAAGCAGCAGCAACAUGAACCGGUGGCCAAAACGGAGAGUGGAGAUUUCACUCAUGAUGAGAUUUUGCAAUUGAAGGACCCUGAUGGUGGAUUUUAUCGUGAGGUUGUUGUCCAAGUGCCAGUGAGCAAGAAGAGGAUUGAAAAAGUGGAUUUAGGCGCUGAUGCCAACUCUGCUGUCUCUGAAGUUAAAGAGGAGAAAUCUGAAGUGAUUCCUGUUGCUGUUCAGGAAACAACAAAUCCAGAACUUGACAGGACAAGAAGCGUUGAAACUAAGCGCCAACAGAAGGCGGAAGAAAUGGCCAAGAAGCUGUUGAAAGAACAAGAAGCGCAAGAAGAAGAGCGUAGGAAGAAAGAGGAAUCGCGCAAGUUGAAAAAACAACAAAAGCAGGCAUCAAAGCAGCAAGAACAGGAGAGUAAAACUGCAGCAGAACCAAGCGGUUCUAGAAAAAAAGAUCUGGUUCAAUCUGAGAUCACUAUCGAGAGUACUGCCCCAAAGGCACCUGUGGCUCCAUGGGCAAACAAAACCCAAAACGUCGAAAGUCCCAGGAUUUCGAUCGCAGAGUUACACAAGAGGGAAGAUUUGGAACAGGCUAAGAGAGAUCAGGAACGCGAACGUGCGGAACGUGUGGUUGCUUCACAGUUGCAAAAGCAGAUUUUAAAGGAGGAAAAAACUCAAAAGGAUCUAAAGUCUGUGCUUACUUGGGCUAGUAAGCCUGCACCACCACCUGUGUCCGUAGAGAUCCAGCCACCCCAACCAAAGAAGGGAGCAUCUAACAAGGACAUAAACAAAAAGAGCAAGCCUUCUGAAACGUUGGCUGCCGAUGCUUUGAAAGAUUUUAACAACCCAUCAUUCAUUGAGGAGCAAACAAAACUUUGGGAAAAAGCUCAACGGGAGAAGGCAUUACGUGCAGCUUCCACUACGACCACCACUACGCAUACUAGAGAUGAUGGGAAAGAAUGGACCACUAUCACCACAAAAGCCUCCAACGCCACUAGCAACGUUCAACCUAGAGUGGUCAAUCAACCCAAAUCCUACAUCAGCCCCGAUAAACUACGGGUUGUUGGAGGUACAUCGCAUAAACAGAUUGGUUCAUUUACUACUAACCCCAAUGCCAAGACCAAGAGUACUGCACCAGCCGCAACAGCAGGCAGUAGAAUAUCUCACCGCCAAGAUUUCCUGAGAUGGUGUAGAUCGCAGAUGAAGUUGAAUAAAGGUGUGGAGGUCAACAGUGUCCUGGAAGUCCUAUUGAGUUUGCCCGCCGGCUCUGAGGCAAAGGAGAUCAUCGCAGAUACGAUUUACUCGAACAGUAGCACCAUGGAUGGUAGAAGAUUCGCCACUGAGUUCAUCAAGAGACGCGUUGAAUGUGAGAGGCUAGUUAAGGAUCCCUUGACUUGGAGUGAAGCCCUGGCCCUACCGGAAGGGACCGAAGAUGAUUGGGAAUUCCAAGUUGUCAGUAAGAAAAAGGGCAGAAAGAAUAGAGCCGAGUAA